AUGUUAAACCGGGUAAACCGUGAACUGAGGGCCGCCACCCAAUCACCCACCAGUCCCAUAGCCCUGUACCAGACCAAGCGUAACAGCGUGGUGGUGGUGAACAAGGACACCGGUGUGCCCACCAUAGUCAUACAGAAACACGGUAACGGCGAUUACGAUUUGAACACGAUGCAAACGUUUAAUUCAACGAGCGCCCAGACCAAGCGCAAAAUACUGGCCAUGUUGCAAGAGGUGAAUAAUAGGCGCACAAUUAGGGAGUGCCGCGAAUCAGAUGAAGAGUUGGGUAGUGUGCUCGGCAUUCACACCUACUUCAAUCAAAAGACUACACAUUAUAAGCAAAAGUACAAAGUGUAUAAUUUUCUUAAUUAUCCGAAAGGGUUUUGGGCCAUAAGUUACCACAUACUUGUGUUCAUGAUGGUGUUCGCCUGUCUCAUAGUGACCGUGUUCUCCACAAUCGACGAGUUUCAAGCCGGCGCCCUACGCUAUCUAUACCUGUUGGAGAAGGUAAUAAUCGUGUGGUUCAGCUCGGAGUUUAUCAUACGGUGGUGGUCAUCGAGCUGUAAAAACCAGUACCAGGGUUGGUCCGGCAAAUUCAAGUACCUAUCAGUGCCCUCGCGACUCAUGGACUGCCUGGUGAUCACCCUAUCUAUAGUAGUGUUGACAAUCAACCCGAGCUCAGGGCACGAGGUGUUCGCCGCCUCAGCCUUCCGGGGCUUUCAUAGGUUUUUUCAAGUCAUACAGAUUUUGACACUUAAUAAACAGCUACAGCCGUGGAAAGUGCUAUCGUCGGUGAUCUACGACCAGAGGGAACAGUUGUUUAUUAUAUUCUACAUAGAGUUUAUUGUGUUGUGUAUAUUGGCCUACAUUUCCUACAUUGUG